AUGGAUGUCCUCGAUGGCUCAGCGUGGGCCGCCACAAGCUGUACUUGGCUCCACACUGCACGAGGUGUUACCGCCGGUUGGGUCGAGGCUCGUUUGGCACGCAAGGACCAAGAUUCCCAGGUAGCCUCACCACUGCCCGACUUGUCAGCAGAGCUGCGGAAGAAGCAUCCGGACUGGAGGCUUCUACGUCUAGUUCUGCAUGAUGACGGACCUGAGCCUCUUGGAGCGAAGCGCUUCCCGGUGAAUUUCUUCUCUGUGGAGCCGCGGCCACUUCUCUACGAAAGCCAGGAGGUUUCCGUGUCCUUAGCGACCGAAGAAGAUCGAAGUGCGUGGCAGCACCUCUACGUGGAGUACCGGGCAUCUCAGAUUCCACCGGGAACAAUGCCCUACGAAUCUGACGAGGUUGCUGCUGAUGCUGUGUGGGGAAUGAGCUUGCGUGGGCGGAAGCUUGAUGCAGGGACGGCCGACAUCUUGAUAGCCCGUGGUCAAGACGGCACCGUGUUGGGGGCGGCGACGGUGGCUCGGCUACCAGCUUUGGACGGUGCAGGUGCCGGUGCGCCGCGUGGCUUCCUGGGUGACCUUUUCGUCUCGCCCAAGGCCCACGGUAAAGGUGUCGGACGGGCUCUCAUGGCACAGGUCAUGGCAACGUGCAAGGAUGCGGGUUUCUCGCAGCUGUGCUGGUAUUGCAUCCAGAGCAACGAGAAAGCCAUGUCAUUCUACCGUAACCUUGGCUUCGUGCCGACGGCUGCUACUGUCUGGCAGUAUCCGGAUGAUGCGCCAAGUGCACCAAGCUGA